AUAUUAUACGCAUGUGGCCAUCUGUUUCAGUACUGGCAGAAGAACCCCUUUUUUAAUGUCGUUUUGUUAAAUAUACGUUGUCAUUUUCUUUCCUGUUUUGAUUUUAGACCCGUCCCACUUUUUGUGCUUAAGUCUUCUCCGUUGGGAUCUGCGUCUCUUAACGACUAUUAAUUCUGAUAAUUUUUAAAAGGGUGUAGAAUAAGUACUACUUUCAAAUAAAAACGAUUUUGUUGUGAUCACACGGAUCAUUACCCUUUCUGUCGGGAAAUAAGCUAACUGUAUAAAUCCAGACAUGUCAUCAAACGAAAGCGCUGAGGAAGAGCCAAGUCCGAGAAGCCCGCGACGGGAAGCAGGAGGCUCGGCUCGAAGGAAUCUCGACCAUCUCAACGAUGGAUUUUUCGAAGAGAGCACUUCCUCCUCCGAAGACGACGGUAUCGAUUUCAAGGCAGAUUCGUUGGACUUUUCGUGCUCAGGCAGCGACGACGAUAACGAAUCUGACAGUAAAUUAAGAAAUGAGGAGGAUACAAAUACAUACGACAAAAACCUGAUGGACAAACUUUCUUCAAAACAGUUAAUCACAUCAGAUGUUGAAGAUGAUGAAGAGGUUACUUCACGAGUAAAGGAAUACAUGAAAAAAAUGAGAGCUGAAGAAAAGACUAUGUUGAAUAAAUUGAACGAUGGCAGUGCCUCUUCGGAAGAAGUCAGCAAAAACCGUAUGAACAAAGACGCAAUUCUAAAGAAGUUCGGGUACAAGGACCAACUCGAAAAAUUGAAAAAUGAAAGCUUUUUCGACAGGUACGAUUCUUCGGACUCCUCUGGAACGGAGGACGACUCGGAUUUCGUCGCUCUCGCGGAAACAAUGGAAAAAAUGAACACGGGAAUGACGACUGGUAGCAAGCCGUCCACGCUCAAAUCGAGCAUGAAGAAGACCACCAAACCGGCCAAUUCCCGGGAGAUGGACAUCAGGCAGAAAAUCGCUGAAAUGAAGAAAAUGAUAGAAAGUCCGAACGACGAACUCGACGAGAAAAUUUUAAAAUCGAAACAAAAAGUGUCAGAUUGGAUGAAAGACGAAACUACGAAAUCCGCGGCGUUGAAAGAGAAAUUUAUGAGCAGCAAGAAAAUAGUGGAGGAAACUCUUAAAAAAGAUCUUUCCGCGAGAAAACCGAGCAAACUCUCCGAUGUAAAAAGCAGCACGAAAGCUGUGAACUCACGAUACUCCCUUCCUCCGGUCAAGCCCACUAAACCUUUUGGCGAUACGCUCAAGUCGACAAAAAAGGAUGACAUUCUCCAACAUAUGUACGACGCAGGUGCGCCUUCCAAGUUGAAAUCUCAGAACCCAGAAAAACCGCCGAUACCGAAAAAGAAGAUCGCCGCCGUGUCGAAGGUGGACACCGGCUUGCCGGCCAGGCUGCUCCAGACAAAACUCGAAGCUAGCAAGAUCAUGGGAAAAAUCGAAACUCCAAAUCAUGACGUUCCGUCGCCGACUAUGAACAGAUUGGCGGCGAGGAAACCCGUACUGAAGAAGCCGACGAUCAAAAAAACAGCCGCCACCUGAAUUAAAUGCGUUAGAUGAGUGAGAUUCGGCCAGAACAAAAUUGUACGACUUACUGGAAAAAGCCCAACUUUGAAAUUAAACUUCCAACGGUCUUUCUAUA